AUGGUUAUGGAUUCGUCAAACGACGUCGCUUUGGUUUCUGAGGAGAUGGAGAAGUUCCUCUGCGAGUUGUUGCUGGAUUCCUCCCAGCCAAUAUCUGAGCGCUUCAGAGCACUCUUCUCUCUCCGCAACCUCAAAGGCCGCGCCCCUCGCGAGGCCCUUAUUCUUGCCACAAGGGAUUCAUCGAAUUUGUUGGCGCACGAAGCUGCAUUUGCGUUGGGUCAAAUGCAGGAAUCGGAAGCAAUCCCUGCUUUGGCUUCAGUUCUGAAUGAUCUCUCUUUGCAUCCCAUUGUUCGCCAUGAGGCAGCUGAGGCACUAGGUGCUAUUGGUUUAGAUGAUAAUGUUCCUCUCCUGAAGAAUAGUUUGGAUAAGGAUCCCGCCGAGGAGGUUCGAGAAACGUGUGAGUUGGCUCUUCAACGAAUUCAGCAUUUGAAAGAUGCUGGUAAUAUUGAUGAAUUGGCUGCAACUGAAAUAUCGCCUUUUAAGUCUGUUGAUCCAGCCGCGCCAGCAACCUCUUGUACUUCUGUUCCACAACUGAGGCAAGUACUUCUUGAUGAAGAAAAAGGGAUGCAUGAGCGCUAUGCAGCACUUUUUGCACUUCGCAAUGAUGGUGGAAAUGAAGCUGUUUCUGGUAUUAUUGAUUCCUUGGGCUCGAAAAGUGCUCUACUGCGCCAUGAGGUUGCAUAUGUUUUGGGUCAAUUGCAAGACAAAGCUGCUUCUGCUGCUUUAUCCAAUAUACUUAAAGAUGUAAAUGAGCACCCAAUGGUUAGACAUGAGGCUGCUGAAGCUCUUGGUUCAAUUGCAGAUGAUCAAAGUGUAGCCCUUCUUGAGGAGUUUACGGCAGAUCCAGAACCUCUUGUCUCACAAAGUUGUCAAGUUGCUCUAAGCAUGCUAGAAUUUGAAAGAUCAGGGAAAUCAUUCGAGUUCCUGUUCAUGCGCACUCCAACUGUGCAUUAA